GCAUGAAGUUAUUACGUGCGCGCACAUUAAGAAGAAAAAAACAAGCAAGACAAAAAACCAACGGACCACGUAACUUAUGUAAAGGUGAAAAGUGCAGCUGUACCAUACAAAUCCGGGUCUCUCUAUCACUCUGUUCUCUCUCUCUAUCUCUCUCUCGGCACAACAAUGGCUCUGACAGACGCCGCCGCCACCAGCAGCAGAGGUGGCUCAGCUCUCCCCAAUUCAUGCCUUCAAACCCCAAAGCUUUCACCUUUACAAAAAACCACCUCCAUCUAUUCCUUCCCCACCACCACAGCCACCCCAUCAAACUCCAAAAUCAAGCCAAGAAUUAAUAAACCAAUCUCAGCCGUUCAAUCUCCACCUUCAACAACAACAAAAACUGCUCAAAACCCAGAUGGAAAAUGGAGUCUUGAAAGCUGGAAGUUAAAACCAGCUUUUCAGCUACCUGAGUACCCUGAUAAAGUUGAGCUGGAAUCAGUUCUUAAGACCCUUUCAACUUAUCCUCCAAUUGUAUUUGCUGGCGAAGCUAGGAAUCUUGAAGAGAAAUUGGGAGAAGCAGCUCUUGGAAAUGCUUUCUUGUUGCAAGGGGGUGAUUGUGCUGAGAGUUUUAAGGAGUUUAGUGCUAAUAACAUUAGGGACACUUUUAGAGUCAUAUUGCAGAUGGGAGUUGUGCUUAUGUUUGGUGGUCAAAUGCCUGUUAUCAAGGUGGGUAGAAUGGCAGGUCAAUUUGCGAAGCCAAGAUCUGAUCCGUUUGAAGAGAAGGAUGGCGUGAAGCUGCCAAGUUACAGGGGAGACAAUGUGAAUGGUGACGCCUUUGAUGAGAAAUCAAGACUUCCUGACCCCCAUAGGAUGAUUAGGGCAUACACUCAAUCUGUAGCUACCUUGAACCUCCUCCGAGCAUUUGCUACAGGGGGGUAUGCUGCCAUGCAGAGGGUUAACCAGUGGAAUCUCGACUUUACUGAUCACAGCGAGCAAGGUGACAGGUACCGCGAACUGGCUCACCGAGUAGACGAAGCCAUGGGCUUCAUGAGUGCUGCUGGGAUUACAGUUGACCACCCAAUCAUGACUACAACAGACUUCUGGACAUCCCACGAGUGCCUUCUCUUGCCUUAUGAACAAGCACUUACGAGGGAGGAUUCAACUUCUGGCCUUUAUUAUGACUGCUCCGCUCAUAUGAUUUGGGUUGGGGAACGAACAAGGCAAUUGGACGGUGCUCAUGUUGAGUUCCUGAGAGGAAUUGCCAAUCCACUUGGUAUCAAGGUGAGUCAGAAAAUGGAUCCAGAUGAACUAGUCAAGCUUACUGACAUUCUUAACCCUCAAAAUAGACCAGGAAGAAUUACAGUGAUCGCCAGGAUGGGAGCUGAUAACAUGAGAGUAAAGCUUCCCCAUCUGAUCAGGGCUGUUCGCGGAGCAGGUCAAAUUGUCACUUGGGUCAGUGAUCCUAUGCAUGGAAAUACCACCAAAGCCCCCUGUGGACUCAAAACGCGUUCAUUUGACUCUAUCCGGGCUGAACUAAGAGCAUUCUUUGAUGUACACGAUCAAGAAGGGAGCUAUCCUGGGGGCGUGCAUCUGGAGAUGACAGGCCAGAAUGUAACGGAGUGCGUGGGAGGCUCUCGGACAGUUACUUACAAUGAUCUAAGCUCGCGCUACCAUACACAUUGUGACCCAAGACUUAAUGCUUCUCAAGCACUUGAACUCGCCUUUCUUAUUGCCGAGCGCCUCAGGAAAAGAAGACUGGGACCAAAGUUCAGGCUCUAGAACUCAUCUUGUUUGUUUGUGUCAAGGUAUAUAUAAGCGUAAUAUGGCAAAGAUCCAAUAGUGAGUCUGAAAACAAUAGAAAGGCCAUUAGAUUAGACCUCCAGUUGUGGAAAAGCUGUGAGUAUCGGCCAAUAGGACCUCUUGAUGCUUAAAGUUUGUGUAUAUAAUAUCUAUGAGGUAACUUCUCCCUAAGUAGCGGUGGUAAAAUGGCUAAAAGAAAAUUGGUAUCAUC